CAUCCACGCGCAGAAAAUGCCCUCCCCUCUGUUCUUGUCUUCUUCCUCGCGUAGCUCCAAUGUACAACGCGUCCCCUUCCCCUUUCCCUUUCUCUCGUACGAAUGGUACGCCUAGGUGUCGAAAUCCCCCUUCCCCUCAAAUUGGACGUCCUAGAUCGUUCUUUCUCCUGAGCAAAUUGUACCAAUUCGUACUAUUCCGUUUCAACUUUAUCUCUUUAGGGUUUUCGAUUUCAAAACGGGACAUGAAAUCGCGAUUUUACCCCAGCUCUUUUUGUGAUUUCCCCCCGCUCUCCAUCCAUCAAAAUGGAUAUUUAUAUGGCCAUCUAUUCACUGUUGGAGGAGGGUUUUUUUGGCUGAAAUUCCAUUGUUACAAAAACACAGAAAUAGUCGAGAAAAAAUUGAGGAAAGUUAAGGCAAUUUUCGAGGAAAUUUUCCUUGUUCUGUUCUUAUUCCUUCACUGUCUUUGGAGUUUGUUGAUGUUAUCAGGCCUCCAUUGUGGUCGUGGAAGGUCGUCUCCUUUACCAGCAAAGUCCCAGUCGCUGCUCGGAGAAAGGCGCAAGUCAGAGAGCAGAUUGAAGACUCAUUGAAGCGGUUUAGAUCAGCAAUCUCUAGACUUUGGUAGGUCCUCUUGAGUUUGAGGAUGCUACACCUAUCAUUCUAUCUUAGUACUUUAGACAUACCUAGUGGAUGUUUUCCUUACCGUUUCAUUUCAGAUUUUUAGUCAAAGAUUUGUAUUAAGGUUUUUUGGCAAACUAUUAAGAUAUAUUGAUUUCUUCAUUGAAUGGCUUAAUCGAUUGCAGAUGGUUAUUUA